AUGCGGCCCAGGGCCGCGGCGACGUCAAAAAUCAUCGGCGACGCGAGCCGCGGCAUCUCGCGGCCGGUCCCGUUCGUCCUGCGAAUCACCUGCGUCCUUGCCCUACUGGUGCACGCCGCCACGUGGAUACCGAUCGCCGAGGCUGUGAUUUGCAAGGACUCGUACAAAUGUGAUUGUAAGGGAAUAAAAGGGCAUCAGGGAUUUCCUGGGAUACCUGGGCCCCAAGGAACAGAAGGACUUCCAGGUGAAAUCGGACCCGAUGGACCCCCCGGACCCAAAGGUGAAAAAGGAGCAGGAGGAGAAUUUGGAGCUACCGGAGAAAAGGGCUACCGAGGCGAUGACGGUAUACAAGGAUUUGCGGGAGCCCCAGGACUUUCCGGUAAUCCUGGCGUACCCGGUGUGGUGGGUCCAGAUGGAUUGGACGGAUGUAACGGAACUGACGGUCGCGCUGGUGCACCGGGUAUACCCGGAGUUUUCGGGCCCCGUGGUCUACCAGGACCUGUAGGCGAUUAUGGCUUACCGGGAGAGCCUGGUGAUGGAGGUAUAAAUUCGCUCGGCGUUAAAGGAGUUCGCGGGAAACCUGGUAUCGAUGGACUGGAGGGUUAUCAAGGACAACAGGGAUUCACCGGCGAGAUGGGUUAUCCAGGAAAUACGGGCGACUUUGGUUUCCCGGGUUCCCCUGGCUUACCAGGUAUACAAGGUGACCGCGGUGACACUGUGUACGGUGUGAAGGGUCAACUUGGCGAACAGGGAGACAGAGGAGAACCUGGACAACCGGGUAGAGAAGAAAGUAGGAAACCGGAAAAUUCGACGGUCGUGAAAGGAGCGCGGGGACCAAAGGGUAUGAAGGGCAUGUAUGGUGAUCGAGGUCGCAAGGGAGAGAUGGGCGCUAAGGGUCCGCAGGGCCGACCAGGUUUCUUGGGUAUUAAGGGUGUGAAAGGGGAACAAGGUGAUGAUGGACCAAGAGGUAAACAGGGUGUUGAGGGCCCUCCAGGCCCAGCUGGUGAGAAAGGAGAAAAAGGAGCUCCAGGAUUUGCUGGACUACCUGGUCCGGAUGGAGAUGAUGGAGAAUCAGGAGAAGAAGGAAAUCGUGGUGCACCUGGAAAACAAGGAGCUGAGGGUGAACCUGGACAGUACAUUCCAGAACUUGAUGAGAUUAUCGCCGGAAAUAUCGGGAUUCAAGGAGAACUUGGUCCUCCUGGUGAAUCAGGUGAAACAGGAACACCGGGUCUGCCCGGAAAGGUUGGCUUCAUAGGACCGCCAGGACCGCCAGGACCGCCGGGUAUCUCUGGUCUGGCAGGAGAGAAAGGUUCCUCCAUAAAAGGAGAACAAGGAGAUGAUGGCUUAGCAGGUCCUACGGGACCUCAAGGACCUUCCGGAUUACCCGGUUUACCCGGCAUUAUGGGGGCCAAAGGAUUCCCGGGAGUAACAAUAACUGGACCACCGGGGCCAGAUGGUAAUCCAGGUCUUCCAGGAUUGUCAGGCCCACCUGGCGAUCGCGGUGAUCCUGGUCCUCCAGGAGAGAAAGGUUUUCCUGGAAAAGGAAUAAGAAUUCGUGGGCCAAUGGGAGAACGGGGUCUACCCGGAACACCUGGUAUUUCUGGUCCUGAUGGUUGGCCUGGUUUUUUUGGCCCUAAGGGUGCCAAAGGUAUUCGAGGAGAUGACUGCGGCGUAUGUGCCCCAGGUUUACCCGGUCAGAAAGGGGAACGUGGAGAAUCUGGUUUGGAUGGAUAUCCUGGAGCUCCGGGAUUCCCUGGUCUACCCGGACCGCGAGGAUUCAAAGGAAUACAAGGAAAGCGAGGUCCGCAAGGACCGGCGGGACUUGAGGGUGAUAGUGGGAGAUCUGGUAUUGCGGGAGUUCAAGGACCUAAAGGAGAACAUGGAAGAAUAUACUUCCCGCCGGAUGAGAACCUCUUUAGUCCGCCAGGUGACAUUGGCGAGAAAGGCUUACCUGGCAUCGAGGGAAUCAGAGGUUUGCGAGGACCACCAGGAUCUAUCGGUGACACGGGUGUACCGGGACCGAAAGGAGACAAGGGUGAACAUGGUCCUCCCGGAUUAUCGGGAAAAGACGGUUUGCCGGGAUGGGAUGGAAUUCCUGGUGAAAAAGGUGAAGAUGCUUCGAUACCAAUUGAGUUUUUACGUGGAGAUCCAGGAUUUCCAGGCGAAAUAGGAAUCAAAGGAAUUCAAGGAGAUAUGGGUAACAAAGGAGAACCUGGUGAUUCCGCGCAAUUCUCAGAAGAUGUCAGAGGUGACAAGGGUUAUAAAGGUCCCAGAGGAGCUUCCGGUGAACCUGGAUUCAAAGGUUUCCAAGGACAUCCCGGCGACGAAGGUCUACCAGGUUUACCUGGUGAGCCCGGUUCCCCAGGACUUUCACUUCAAGGUUCUCUCGGUUUGAAAGGAUAUCCUGGAAUGCCAGGAGACCAGGGGUUAAGGGGCCCAUCAGGUUCACCUGGAUCACAGGGACCAGAAGGUUUUCCGGGUCGCGUCGGCAACAAAGGUGAACGAGGAGAUCCAGGCUCGAAUUUAACAUACGGCGAAAUUGGAGAACGCGGAUGGUACGGUCCGAAGGGUGACAUUGGUGAUCCUGGGCCACAAGGAUUGCCAGGUCGAACGGGAGGUGAUGGCUCAAAGGGUAUCAAAGGUGGUAAGGGUGCACCUGGUUACGAAGGAUUGCCUGGACUUCAAGGUGCCAAGGGUCAACGUGGAGAUAGUAUACAAGGUGACCGUGGAUUCCCAGGAAUACCUGGUCAACCUGGAAUACCCGGAAGAAUCGGAGAUGUCGGUAUCCGCGGCCCUGACGGUUCUUCCGGUUUUGAUGGAAUAAAGGGUUUGAAAGGAGAAAUCGGUUUUAUUGGACGACGUGGUGAUGACGGCGACCUGGGACCUCAAGGAUAUCAAGGAAUGCAUGGUAUACAAGGUCAACCAGGUGCUCCAGGUGAAAAGGGAGAUGUCGGCGAAAGCGGUGAUCCAGGACCACGCGGUUGGCCCGGUUUCGACGGUAUAGAUGGAGCAAUCGGUCCUAAAGGAGAGAUGGGAGACGCCGGAGUCCCUGGUCUAUCAGGAGAGACAGGACCACCUGGAUUGAAGGGUAUCACGGGUGAUUUUGGUCUCGAAGGAUUAGCGGGAGUUCCUGGCGAAAACUCCUUCAGCGGUCCUCAAGGUGACUUGGGUGAACCUGGUUUUAUGGGAGAAGUUGGACCACCCGGUCUAGCUGGAUUCGACGGACGGCCAGGUUUACCGGGAGAACCAGGAGUAUCUACUGACGGUUUCAAAGGUUUGCCAGGACAGAAAGGUGAACCUGGAUUUGAUGGAUACAAUGGUGGUCCGGGCCUAAAGGGAGAAAUUGGUGACAUGGGUCCUGAUGGAUUAAAAGGCGAACGAGGAGAACAAGGCUUCCCAGGGAGACCAGGCGCUCCUGGAAUAUCCGGUAGACACGGUGCGAAAGGUGAAAGAGGUCCGAUCGGACCAUCUGGAUUUGAUGGUUUGAAAGGAAAAUCCGGUCUUGAAGGUGAUCCGGGUAUAAUGGGCAGACCAGGAAUGCCGGGUGAUAUGGGUGACAGGGGGCACCCAGGACUUCCAGGUACUCCUGGACAGAAAGGUCAUGUAGGUGAACCUGGUUUACCAUCUUAUGCGUUCGCGGCAAAGGGUGAAUUUGGUGAUCCUGGUCACGAUGGUUUCCCGGGUGUAAAAGGACAAUCAGGUGAAUCAGGAUAUAUUGGCUUACCGGGUCGUAAGGGUCCAAUUGGAGACAGAGGAUAUCCGGGUGCCGUCGGUUUUCCAGGAUUACCCGGUUUUCCUGGACUGCCGGGUGAUCAAGGACCACGCGGAGCUCCAGGAUUACCUGGUGAAUUCGCUGAACCCGGUGAGCCUGGUCGCGCUGGUCUCGAUGGUAUGCCUGGUAUCCCAGGACGUCCAGGACAAAAAGGAGCUCCUGGUGAAUAUGGUCCAAACGGACCUAAAGGAAUCUCUGGCGACAUAGGUUACAGCCUUCGUGGUUCUAAAGGAAUAGUUGGAGAGCCAGGUCCGCGAGGAUUCGUUGGUUUCCCGGGUGCACCAGGUUUAGAAGGAUUGCCGGGCUUUCCUGGAGCAUCAGGACCGAAAGGUUUCCGCGGAGAUCCAGGAAUAACUAUGGGCGCUGCCAAAGGACAACCUGGCGAACCCGGAUGGCCUGGAUUAAAUGGACGACCUGGACUGAAGGGAAUGAAAGGUGAUUCUGGUCUUCCUGGCUUCAAUGGAUUACCAGGACCGAAAGGAGAAAGAGGAGAAACCGGUAUACCUGGCCUACCUGGUCUGCCUGGUCCUGAAGGACCACAGGGACCGAAAGGAGAUGUUGGCAUAAAUCCUUUCCCGCCGUUCCCGAGACAAGGACUUCCCGGUGAUAUAGGAGUACCAGGAUUACCAGGAUUCCCUGGAUUACAAGGAAUGAUGGGUGAACCUGGUAAGGAUGGCUUGCCGGGAAGACAGGGUGAGACGGGAAUGAUUGGAAUUCCUGGGCUGCAAGGACCAGAUGGUAAAGAUGGACCUCCUGGAUAUCAAGGACCUCCAGGAACAACAGGACGACAAGGACAACCAGGUUUCCGUGGCGCACCUGGAAUACCUGCGCCGAGUGCAAUUGGUCCGAGAGACAGAGGAUUCUACUUUGCUCGUCACUCACAAACUGAAAUGAUACCGGUCUGUCCAAGGAACACCGUAAAGAUAUGGGAAGGAUUUUCGCUAUUGCACACUAUGGGUAAUGGACGAGCCUACGCACAGGACCUUGGCGCUGCUGGCAGCUGCAUCAAGAAGUUCUCCACUAUGCCCUUCCUAUUCUGCAAUUUGAACAAUGUGUGCGAUUACGCCAAUCGUAACGACUAUAGUUAUUGGCUCAGCACAACCGAGCCUAUGCCGAUGAUGAUGACACCAAUACCAGCACCGGAAGUCGGUAGAUACAUAUCGAGAUGUUCUGUGUGCGAAGCACCAACUAGGGUAAUAGCUAUCCAUAGUCAAUCCAUGGCAAUACCUGAAUGUCCGGGUGGCUGGGAGGAAAUCUGGGUUGGAUACAGUUUCCUCAUGCACAGAGAUGCAGGCGCGGACGGCGGCGGCCAGUCCCUGGUCUCGCCCGGAUCCUGCUUAGAGGAGUUCCGCGUCAGACCAUUUAUUGAGUGCCGUGGCCUCGGCACUUGUAACUAUUUCGCCACGGCAACGUCGUACUGGUUGGCGACUAUCCGCGACGAGGAGAUGUUCCGCAAACCACUGCAGCAGACACUCAAAGCUGAUUACACGUCCCGGGUCAGCCGCUGUACCGUAUGCCUUCGCCGACGGGUCACAGAGGUCCUGAAACCUUUCACGUCUAAUAACGAGCGAGCUCCCAAUAAUUGGGGCGCUGUUCCGCCGGCACCUAACCGCAAUGUGCCUGAUUACGAGAACAGGAUACCACCUAACCGGGGAAGAUAUUCCCAUCACAGACGUGUACCCUAUCAGUACCGUAGAAGAAGUCGCGUACGCGGUAAUAAGCCCUGGGAACGAUCGACGGAUUCACCCGACAAUCUGUAGACGGAACAUCAAAAUUGCGUGUACAUCUAGAACAAGCGACAUCAGUGAUGUGCAAGGGCGUAGCAAGCCUAUGUAUAUAAAGACGCGAGAAAAACUUUUUUUCUAUUAGUUAAGUUGUAUAUCUGGCCGGUUGCUCUAAGUUCGUAGACCUUGUAUUGGAUAGAAACACGGAUAGAAUGCUCAGGAACUGCAUGACAAGAAGCCUAAGAUAACGAACAACACACAGGUCUGGAAAACUUCGUAAAGUUUAUUAUGCUGUUUGGAAAAGAAAUCGCAUAAACGUCAAUUUACCGAAGUAUUUCUCCCCGGAAAUUGAGAUGAGAUAAAAGAAAAGUUUUGUCAAAGUGGCUACUGUUGAAUCAAAACCUGAUAUAUAGCUGCUUAUCUAAAAAUUCUUAUUUUAGACCAUUUCUAUCGCUCUCAGAAAUUUGUCGUUAUUCGUUCCCACCCUAUGCAAGGAGGUCCACGAUUCACACCUUCGGCCAUCUUCCAUCUCUUUCUGUGCGCUUGAUAAAAAGUGCCGCCGGCUGCCGUGAAAGCCAUAUAACUGCCUUAUGCCAAAUAGAAAAAGAACCUGUCGCAUCCGGCUAUCACAAAACUGCCAAUAACGUCGCGCUCGCCGAUGCGAUUUAUGAGAGAUCACACUAUGAUAAUUAAAUUAACGUUAUGUAUAUUGUAUGUUAUCGCUGUCGUAACUAUUACCUAUGUAUCUCGCAUUGAAUAAAGAUACUUUUAUAUAAGCUAA